AUGGAUAAUGUGCUAACAAAUGUAUUGCUUGAGCAACAUAAUUUGGGAAAUCAUCCUCCUAACGGAUGGAAAUCUGUUGCAUAUGCUGCUGCGGUUAGUGCAUUACACAAUCAAUGUAAUGUUAAUGUUAGUAGGGAAAAUAUACAAUCGCGACUUAAGACUUGGGAUAAACAUUAUGCUGUUAUAAGUGUUAUGCUUGGUACGAGUGGAUUUGGAUGGGAUUGGGAUAGAAAAGUGGUGAAAGUGGAUAGUGAAGAAGCACACCCAGAUGCGAGUCAUUAUAGAAGUAAAAUUGUUGAGAAUUGGGAAGAUUUGUCAAUUAUUUGUGGACAAGAUAAAGCUAAUGGAAGUGGAGCUGAAACGGCUGAUGAAGGUGCAAGAGCUAUGUUUGAAGAUAUAGAGAGUUAUUCAAAAUUAAGUAAGAAUCAACUAGUGUAG